UACAACCUUGAGAAGAUAGAUACAACAGAAGAAGCAGCUCAAGCAAAACUGAUGGAGAAAAAUUACUUGAGGAGGUUAACAUUGGACUGGGAUAGUAAGCGAUCUAGUAUUGAUCCUGGUGUGGAAGCAGCGGUUCUUGAGAGCCUUCAUCCACAUGGAGAUCUUCAGGUGUUGUGCAUUAGAGGGCACGGAGGUCCUUCUUGUCCAUCAUGGCUGGGUGAUGAGUUCGCUGCUGAAGGUCUACAAGCUCUUUAUCUGUAUGGUGUUUCUUGGGAAGUUUUUCCUUCUUUAGGGAAGGCGUGGGAUCUUCGUGAAUUAAGGUUUGAGCAUAUUGCCAGGCCGAAGGAGUUUACUAUAGAGAAAAGCUUUUGCAUGCUAAUAAAGUUUGAACUCAUUGGCCUAGGAAGUUUUGAAAAAUGGAUUUUCCCAGCUGAACGAGAUUCUUCCCUGGAUGGAGAGCGGUUGCCAACGGAUGCUCAUACGUUCCCUCUCUUGCAAGUGCUGAUUAUUAAAGAGUGCCCGAAAUUCUUAGAGUUUCCAAUUUCAAACCAUAUUCUUUAUCCUAAACUACAGGAGCUCAAGAUACAGGACUGUCCAGAAUUCUUGUCUCCCAUCUCCUGGACUGAAAGUCUGCGUAAUGUCGAGUUAGCAAAUGUGAAACUAUUAAAGAGGUUUACAUACUCAGGAUCAUCCGGUGGAGCAGAAUUGAAAAUUACCGGAGAGAGUGAUCUGCUUAGCUUAGACCAAGUGUUACUUUUCAGUAAAGAAACAGGUAUUGAGAAGCUGACACUGGACAAGUGCCCACCUCUGGAGUUGAAGCACCUUCUGAUGCUAACCUCGCUGAGGACAUUGAUUGUAAAAGAAUCAGUUGGUCUAGUUGGACCACUAGGAGGAGGUCAGAGUGAUGUGGAAUGGCAGCUCCCUGUUGAGUAUAUCAAGAUCUACAAAUUAAAUGGUAAUACUGGCAAGGAACUGACAGAGCUCCUCCCCCACCUCCCAAAGCUCUCCAAAUUGGUAAUAUGGUGGUGUAAAAGCAUAAAAAAGCUGGUAGUGGGGGUGGAUGUGCAACAAACAACACAAGAAGCAUCAGAGAUGGGGGGAGGUGAAAUAACAGCAGCAGCAGAGGAAGAGGAUGAUGGGGUGCUGCUCCUCCCAGCUCAUCUCUGUGACUCACUACGGGAAUUGUGGUUCAAUUACUGCCCAGAGCUGGUCCUGGUUGACCCUCCAACUCUUGUUCCUGGUGGAGGAUGGCUCCAAGCCUUGCGAUCCCUCCAGAGAUUAACA